AUGUCUGAUCACGCCGGGGAGGAUGGUUUCGAGUACGACCUGGUCACCAUCGGUGCAGGCUCUGGAGGUGUACGCGCCUCACGCUUGGCCGCGUCAAAGUACGGCCGCAAGGUGGCCGUCAUCGAGCUCCCCUUUGGCUUCGUCUCGGAUGACAGCACGGGGGGUGCUGGCGGGACGUGCGUGAUCCGCGGAUGCGUCCCAAAGAAGCUCCUGGUCUAUGCGUCCGAGUUCGCAGACGGCUUCCGCGCCGCCCAGGGGUUUGGCUGGGGCGCCGCCUCGCCCCCCGUGGACAUCAAGCAGCUCAUCGCCCGCAAGGGCAAGGAGAUUCAGCGCCUGAACGGCGUGUACACCAGUAUCUUGAAGAACGCCGGCGUGGAGCAGAUCGAGGGGCGUGGCGUGGUCCUGGACCCGCACACAGUGGAGGUUCGGGCCGCCGAUGGCUCCGUGCGCCGGCUGAGGACGGCCAAUAUCCUGGUGGCCACGGGCGGGCGGGCCGUGAAGAUCCCCGUGGAGGGCAAGGAGCAUGCCAUCACCUCCGACGAGGCGCUGGUGCUGGACGAGUACCCCGACACCUCCAUCGCCGUGAUCGGCGGGGGCUACAUCGCCGUCGAGUUCGCGGGCAUCUUCAAGGGGCUGGGCGCCGAUGUUCACCUCAUGUACCGAGCGCCGCUGCCCCUCCGAGCGUUUGACGACGAGUGCCGCUCGGCGGUGGCGGAGAACCUGGAGCUGCGUGGCAUUCAUGUGCACUCCGAGUGCAACCCCACUAGCAUCGAGAAGGAGGGGGAGGGGCGGUACGUGCUGCACUACCGCGACGGCAGCGGGCAGGAGCACACCCUGCGCUGCGGCAAGGUCAUGAUGGCCACCGGCCGCCGGGCCAACACCCGCGGCAUCGGUCUGGAGGAUGCGGGUGUGGAGCUGGCGCCCAAGAGCCAGGCCAUCGUGGUGGACGAGUUCAGCCGCACCAGCGUGCCCAGCAUCUGGGCCAUUGGCGACGUGACGGACCGCGUGGCGCUGACGCCCGUGGCGCUGAUGGAGGGCCGCGCGCUGGUGGAGACGCUGUUCGGGGGGCGAGAUGUGGCGCCUGACUACGCCAACAUCGCCUCGGCCGUGUUUGCCCAACCGCCGCUGGCCACCGUGGGGCUGUCGGAGAAGGAGGCCCAGGAGAAGCUGAGCGGGGAGGUGGACGUGUACGUCUCCAAGUUCCGGCCCAUGAAGAACACGCUGUCGGGGGCGGAGGAGAAGACCUUCAUGAAGAUGCUGGUGCACGUGGAGAGCGACAAGGUGGUCGGGUGCCACAUGGUGGGACCCGAUGCCGCCGAGAUCAUGCAGGGCCUGGGCAUCGCACUCAAGUGCGGCGCCACUAAGGCCCAGUUCGACGCCACCGUGGGCAUCCACCCCUCCUCCGCCGAGGAGUGGGUGACCAUGGGCACCCCCAGCAGGUGGCGCAUCAAGUGCGGCGCCUCUUGA